CUGUAAAGAUGAUCAUUGUAAGAAUGCGAAAGCUAAUCCGCUUCCAAUCUCCAUAUUCAAAAUCAACACUGAAUUUUCUUCGCUUUCAUCUCUCACAGCUUCAGGUUCUUCGUUUCUCGACUCGUGUAAGAAAACGAAUAAGUUCUUCUCGUUCAGGUAGAACACAAGAAUCUCAGUGCCCGGAAACGGCUGAAACUUCAAGCUUCAGGUCGCUCUUCAAUGAGAUUACUGAGAUCUUGGGUUCGGAAACUUAUGUUCAUGAUAAAAUAUCUUCUCGGGAUUUAGGGUUGAAAGAAAGUGCGGCGGAGGACUCUUUGAAUGGGGAAGAACAGUUACUAUGCGCCCAAGGUGUUUGUAAAAAUGCCGAGCAGGAAACUGAGGGUAUCCAAUUGGUUGUCUUGGAAGAAAAUGAUGUUAGUUCGGUUGUACAUCAAGUUGCAGCCACCGUUCGUGGUGGAAAUGGGUUAGUUUCGAUGGAGGAGAGAUUGGGAAGUUUGGAUGUUAGGUUCAGUUCUGAGGUUGUGGAGAAAGUUCUUAAGAGGUGUUUUAAGUUCCCUCAUUUGGCUCUUGGGUUCUUCAAUUGGGUGAAAUCCAGAGAUGGGUUUCAGUUUACAACUAGCGUUAUCAACAUAAUGCUUAGCAUUGCUGGUGAAGCCAGAGAUUUCAAGCUCGUUGAGAAGUUAGUGGAGGAAAUGGAGUAUCACUCCUUGCAGAAAGAUAUCAAGACUUGGACCAUUCUUAUCUCUCUCUAUGGCAAUGCAAAGUUAACUGGAAAAGCCUUGAUGGUUUGCAGUAAGAUGAGGGAAAGUGGGUGUGAGCUAGAUGGGGUUGUUUACAAGACUUUGAUCUGUUCACUCUCUGCUGCUGGAAAGCCUGAACUUGCCAUGGAGUUCUACCGUGAGAUGGUCAAGCAAGGAAUUAGAGUUGUCGACAUGAAAAUGUCCAAGGUGCUGUUGAGUUGUUUUGCUGGAUCAGGAGAUACUGCCUCUGUUCUUGACAUUGCAAUGGACAUGGUAGCAUUGUUUAAGGUACAAGAACAUGAUGUUUAUCAUUACAUUCUCAAGAGUUUUUGCAUUUCCAAGAGAAUUAAAGAAGCUCUGAAGUUCAUUCAUGACCUCAAUAGUAAAGGUAUAGUACUCGACCCGAAAUUCUUCGAGAUUCUGGUUGGAGGACUCUGUCGCUCUAAUCGGAUCGAGGAUGCUUUGGAACUGGUUAAUAUUAUGAAGAGGAAAACUGUUCUUGAUGGGAAGGUAUAUGGAAUUAUCAUUAAUUGGUAUUUAAGGCAAAAUGAUAUCUUGAAGGCUCUUGAUCUGUUUCAAAAUAUGAAAGAAAUUGGUUAUUUGCCUACUACUUCAACUUACACACAACUAAUGCAACACCUCUUUAGGUUGGCCAAGUAUGAGAAAGGUUUUGAGCUUUAUAAAGAGAUGCUGGAAAAAGCGAUCGAAUUAGAUACGGUGGCUAUCAUGACUGUGGUUGCCGGUCAUGUCAGCCAAAACCAUAUAUCUGAAGCAUGGAGCGUUUUCAGAACCAUGGAAAACAAGCCCACUUGGAAAUCCUUUUCAGUCUUCAUCAGGGAGCUUUUUAGGAUUUCAAGAACCGAUGAGGUAGUCAAGGUUCUGAAUGAGAUGCACGAACUGAAUAUUGUUGUCCCCGACAAAUUGUUUCGAUCAGUAGUGUCUUAUAUGGAGAAAAUGGGAGAUAUGAUUAGUUUAGAGAAGGUAAAGAAAAUGAGGAGUAAAGUUGAACUCUUUCCACAGGAAUGUGAGGUAAAUAGAGAAGACGAUGCACCCAAGAUAAACGAUCUUCGUAUGGAGGUGAACCUUGAGCAUUCCGAACCGACAAGUAUUACUUGUCACACGGAGACACUUCCAAGAAACUACAGAGAGGAGGAUCUUGAUGAAGUUUACAGGAUCCUGUCAUCUUCAACAGAUUGGAAACAAAUUAAGAAAGCAUUGGAGAACUGCAGCAUCGAAUUCACUACAGAAUUCGUUCUUGAGAUGUUGCGCAAAUGUAGUUUGGAUGGUUGUGCUGCAUUACAAUUUUUUGCUUGGGUAGGAAAGCAACCAGGCUAUAAUCAUACUACAGAAACUUACAACAUGGCGAUUAAAGUCGCCGGGCUCGGGAAAGAUUUCAAGCACAUGAGAAGUCUUUACUAUGAAAUGAGAAGAAAGGGUUGCUUAAUAACUCCAGAUACUUGGACAAUCAUGAUUAGACAAUAUGGUCGAGCGGGUCUUACAGAGAUUGCAUUGAAAUCAUUUGAAGAAAUGAAACAAAGUAAGAUCAAGCCAAAUGCCAAUACGUAUAAGUAUUUGAUCAUGUCCCUUUGCGGAUCAAAACGGAGGAAGGUAAAUGAAGCCAUUACUUUGUUACAAGAAAUGAUUCAUUCUGAGUACAUUCCUGAUAAGGAAUUGUUAGAAACUUAUCUAGGUUGUUUAUGCAAACUUGAUAGACUUUCAGAUGCUAAAGGAUGCAUAGAUUACCUUCGAAAUGUCGGUUUCACGGUUCCUCUCAUAUACUCUUUGUAUAUUCGAGCUCUUUGUCGCGUCGGGAAAUUAGACGAGGCGUUGACAUUACUAGAAGAGGUAGGGACUGAGAGAUCUAAACUAGAUAACUACGUUUACGGAAGCAUCAUUCAUGGACUUCUACAAAGGGGGCGAACGGACGAGGCAUUGGCGAAGAUGAACGCUAUGAAACAGGUCGGUAUAAAUCCGACCGUGCAUGUAUACACAUCAUUCAUAGUUCAUUCAUUCAAGGAGAAUCAAACAAGAAGAGCUUUGGAGAUACUUGCAAAGAUGCUGCAGGAGGGUUGUGAACCAACAAUUGCUACUUACUCAGCAGUGAUAUAUGGCUAUAUGAACAUGGGAAAGUUUGGUGAAGCGUGGAAGGUUUUCCAUUAUAUAAAGAAAAAUGGACCUUCUCCUGAUUUUAAAGCUUAUUCAAUGCUGAUUUCUUGUCUGUGUGAAGCAGGGAGGUCUGAAGAAGCCCUGCGGAUUAUAUCUGAUAUGCUCGACAGUGGGAUUGCUCCCAGCAGUAUUAACUUCAGGACAGUUUUCUUUGGGCUCAAUAGGGAGGGUAAGCAUAUUUUGGCUCGUGAUGUACUUCAACAAAAAUUGGGUUUAAUUAGAAGAAGAAAGUUUAAAAUAUGAUAUAUUUUUUUUAGCAUUUGAAUGUUCCUUUAGAGGUGUUUGUAGGCUUUGAUAGAUUGCUUGAGAAUACAUUGAGAAAUAGGGGUUGACUUUCUUACCAAUUUUUUAAAUUUGAAGUUGAAGAAUCCAACUGUUGGCUUUAAGAAAGCUAAAAGUUGA